ACAGUCAACCCUAUUCCUAAUUAACUUUGGGCCAAUGUCUCUAAAAGAAAGUUGAGAAGCCAGUGUGUGUGAUAUCAAAAGGCCGAGAGCGGCUCCAUUAGUCUGUACUAUUAAUCGCAAUGGCCUUGUUUCAAGCCAAGAGUCAGGGGCUAAUGCCAGACGGUGCACAGGCCAACUCCUCAGCUCAGAAAGCCAAGAAUUCCAUCAAGCACUUGAAUCAGGACUUUAUCAUCUUGAGCGAGUUCUCUGAGCAAGUUGGACCUGUACCAAUACAACUUAUUCCCGAGGAUGGGAACAGGGGGAAGUUUGAUGCCAGCCAGUUCUCUGUUCGUAUCAUGACCAGUGACUACCAGUCCUCCUCAGGAAAACUGGUUGGAGAGGACACACAAGUGCUGCUCUCAGAGAAGAAAGAAAAUGUCUUUGCAUAUGUUCACUACUUCAGUCUGAACGACAUUCAUGCCCGAGGCUACGUGCGGCAAUAUUGCCUCAGCUACAUCACCUCGAAGUUCUACAAGCUGGUGGACAACUUUGAACUGCUCAAGGAACGUUUCUGUGAGGUAACGUCCAUGCUCAAGUCUGGCAACCAGCGAGUGUUCAGGAAAGACUUGGAACAUCACUUGGCUGAUCUCAACCACACUAUGGCUGAGCUGCAGGCUGAGGGCUUUAGCGACGUGGAGGGACUGGACAAUGCACAGCUGUACCUAGGGUAUGACUUCACGAUGGAGGAUGUGCCGGAAAGAGAUCCCCGGCAGGUGGACAGUGCUACAGAGGACACCAGCGAGAUACUCACACUGCUCAAGGAGGAAAUGACUAGCGAGGAAAAUAAAAAGACUUGGGAGAAAGUUAAGAGCUACAAGUUCCAACAAAAGAACCAGUUCAUACUCCAACCAUUGAAGGACAAAUCAAGCCCGGCUCUCAAACGAGUUCCUGUGUUCAGAUCGGGUUCCCCUGACUCAGAAGGCACUGAAAUGCCUCACAACACCUUCGCCGAUUCCUUUGAGCUCACCAGCUCUACAUCCAGUGACCACUCACAAUACCAGCCUCAGAGGGUCAUGACCCACACUGUGCACAAGUUUGAGAGGAGACUUCGUUCACUGGGAGAGCUCGCCCCCGCGGCAUACUCUGCUGCCAUGGAGAAGCUCAGAGUCAUACACAAGUUUUUCAGUCGCUCCGAGGCGACACUUGAAAUGGAGAAAGAGGAAACUCCUUUAUUAGAUCCUCGCUCCUCGCUGCUAUCCAUAGGCAGGGUCCCCAUGAUCAACUUUAUGCAGAACUUUUCCCACUUCCUAGCGGAGACUCCUUGCCCCCUCCUCCAUCCCAGGCCUUAUCAGAUCUCGUGCAGAAACACCUGGGGCCAGCCCAGUGAAGCUCACACCUUCCACAAGGACGUCAGCGGCCAGCUUGGUCAGUUUGUGGACAGCGAUAUAGUGAUUGAAAAGGCGCCCAAAGAGGAAAAGUCAGGAUUUGACCCACUCUUUAUGACCGAGAGCUACUCUCUUCUCAGAUGUCCACUUUACAUUGACUUGAGCUAUCGUUCCCACGCCUCACGGUUUUCCUCCACCACCUCCUAUUUCGACAACUCUCUCAGCCAAUCAGUGCUCAGCCACACCCUCAUCCAGAUUAGGGACUCCCCCUCUGAGAAACUUUCCCCUGAUCCUGAUUCGACCAAUGAGAAGCAAGUUGGCGGUCUCACAGUUGGCUCAGAGGAGGAUCGUGGGAGUCCUGCUUAUCACACUCCUGUCACAGGUCUCACACCUUCAUCGUCUAGUGAGGAUGGGAAGGGAGUGGAUGGAAGUUGGGCCGAACCCAGACCAAUUGAUAAGGUCUCACAAAUCACAACAGGUUUCGAUUCAGAGGGCAAUAACGCGAAACAGCCUUCGGAAAUGAACAGAACGCUAAGUCAGCAAUCCUUCUCCUCGGCUGUUGAUACCGGUAGUUCUCAGAGUUUACACAGCGAAUUUUUUGGAGGCAAAACCAAACCCUCCGUUACAACCUCUGACGUCACGGCUAAACUGCAGGUUUCAUCUCGAUCUCGAUCGCUCUCUCCUUCUACGCCGGCAUCUGAAAUAGACGGAGAUGUGUCAACUGAUAGUGUACCUUGCAUUGGUGAGAGUUGGGAAGAUUGGGGACCAACUAGCCGGCUCAGCAACAUGAGACGGAAACAAGAGCACGUUGGACUGUUCAAAGAGCAAAUAGAAGAGGAAGAAUCACAUUCGACUGGUUCUGGGAAUUUUGGCGAUGGUCCCCUUCACGCUGACCACACCCACUUCCAAGAACAGCUACACAAGACGGCCAAUGGCCAUCUCCGUGUCAUGGAUGGUCCCACUCGACAUACGGAGGAGGGGCAUAAGAAGGCAGACAACCUUCCCCGGCAGAUCUCAACCACUGGGACUGCUUCCCCUGAGAGAUACUACUCACCAAUGGGAGAAGCUCCAGAUGUGUUUGGUCGUGAGCCCCACUACAGCGUACUCUCUCCCAGCAGACAGAGCAUCGUGUCCACACACAACUCGUAUAAAGGGCCCUCAGUCGUGGAACUCCUUGGCAAGGGCAGACUUCCUCUGGUGUCGUCUGUGGACCUAGUGGAAUGCGAGUACAAGUUCAAGCCCGGGCGAGGAGUGUUUGGGCUGUGGAAGGACAACCCGAGCUUGAAGGACCUCAUCUACUGCCUCCUUCACGGGAGACCAUUGGUCAUCGUUGGCAAGCAAAACGAUGAGAGUACAAUACGAAGAUUUGUGCGAUUGCUGUGGAUGUUCAUUCCAGGUCACUCCAGUAAGCAGCAGAUUAUAACAUGGCAGGAAAACCCUCUUAAUGUGAAAGACUUAUCCAGAGUGAAAUUGGUAGGCAUGAGCCACACAGCUCUGAAUAAUAUGGGACCACACUUGAAGAAGUGUAUAUCCCACUGGGACGUGUCCACUGGGAAGAUGACAACCCCUCCAUACAGUGGUGACCUGUUGAAACCCAUUCUCUCAAGAACCAGGUACUUGAAGAAUGAGCAGGCAUUUGUGGCCCACAUACUGUCUGUUCUGGUGGACAUCUCCAUGAAGGCCUAUGUCUACUAUCACUGCUACAAGACCUCUAGACAAGCGGCAAGUGGUGAGACCACUGCGAAGGUGUAUCACUCUGUCCUGCAGCGAAUCGACUCUCCUCAGAGACAGAGGUGCCUCUUCCUGCAACACAAUCUGGGGGUACGAGGCAGCGAUGUUGACAUACUCGAGUAUUUGCUGGACAUAAUUCGAGAGCAGCAGCUGGCAGAGUGGAAGAACAAUGGCCCUGGAGGCACACCCCAGGACGAUGAACCUGUGACGUUCAAGUUGCACACCAAGCAGUGUAGAGAAUCAACUCAUAAACCUAAAAGACCGUACUAGAUUAUCUUUUUGUGAGCCUCCUGUUUGUGCUUGUGCCUUGUUUGUUGGAAACGCUGUAUUUUAUUUUUAUUUUCGUUGUUUGAAUUUUUGUGUGCAAUGGUGCUACCCGCUGAAAUGAA